GUGGCGCGUGUGAUCGUCGUGCGUUGCCCAAGAGUCGCACUGUUGUGUAUGUGCGUAUAAUAAUAUAUUAUUAUAAAUAAUAUGUACACAUAAAACAUAAUAUGUAAGCAGCCAAUGAGAGGCAUUUACUAUAUUAUUAUAGUUCGGUAUCGCGAAAAAAAAACCCCAAGCGCGCCAGUUUAAAAAUCCGUUUUUAUGUCGCCAUAAUAAAAAUAUAACAGUUGGAAAAAAGUUUUCGAAAAACCUUAACUCUUCACGCGGACUCGUUUCAGUCGCCGUACAUACAGGUACCCGCGUAAUGACAUUAUCGUGAUCGUCGUGCCAUAUCAUAUUAUUGUAUACCGUCAUUGGAAGAAUUCCCGUGCACAUAAUAUUAUAGUCGUCGUAACGCGUUAUAUUUACACUUGCCGGUUCUGCGAUUGAGCUGAUUUUCAAUCUACGAUCGUCAAAAUGCCGCCAUCGGCGAACGGCCUGGGCGGCGGUGACGGUGACGUCGGCCGACCACGGUGGUGCACGUGUUGCGGCCAGAACGGAAGCGGUCGGACGACGUAGUCGGUGGUCCGGAAACAGCGGCGGCGGCGGGCACGAUACAAGUGCUAAACGCGUCCGCGAGGAGGAGAGGCGAUAGGAACAUGUUUGCGGUGACGGCUGCGGCCGCGGGGACGAUCAACGGGACGACCGAGCCAACGGCAAUCGCGGCGACGACCAUCGCCGCGGCGGCUGCGGCUGCGGCGACCACGGUAGCCGCGACGACGGGCGCCGACGCCCUGGCCACGGUGGCCACGACAGGCGCGACCGCGAUCUCAGGCGGUGCCGUCGACAGGCUGCUCGACGAACUGGCGGACGAGGCGCGGUUCUGCGGUUACGUGGCCAAGUGCGCGGCUAUGUGCUUCAUAGUGGUGGCCGCGCUGUUCGGCAAUCUGCUUGUCAUGGUGAGCGUGAUGCGCCACCGGAAGCUGCGCGUAAUCACCAACUACUUCGUCGUUUCGCUGGCCCUGGCCGACAUGCUGGUGGCCAUAUUCGCCAUGUGCUUCAACGCCAGCUUCGAGCUGACCGGCCGCUGGCUGUUCGGCCGGUUCAUGUGCGACGUCUGGAACUCGAUGGACGUGUACUUCUCCACCGUGUCCAUACUGCACCUGUGCUGCAUCAGCGUGGACAGGUACUACGCCAUCGUCCAGCCACUCGACUACCCGCUGAUCAUGACCAAGGCCCGGACGGUGGUCAUGCUGGCGUCCGUGUGGGUGUCGCCCGUGCUCAUAUCGUUCGCGCCAAUAUUCGCCGGCUGGUACACGACCGCCGCGCACGACCGCGAACGGGUCCGUCACCCGGACGUGUGCGCGUUCGUCGUCAACAAGCAGUACGCCGUCGUGUCGUCCGGCGUGUCGUUCUGGGUGCCGGGCGUCAUCAUGCUGUUCACGUACUACCGCAUCUAUCAGGAGGCCGACCGACAGGAGCGUAUGCUCUACAGGAGCAAAGUGGCCGCGGCGUUGCUGAACAAGCACCUACAGAUCAAUGGCAUAAGCGCACUCGGAGCGCUGUCAACUUCGGAUGCUGUGAAGGACGUCGAUGUGGAAACGGAUCCGGACUCGGGAGCUUUUCGACCGGCGGCCUCGAGUAACAAAAUGAAACGGGAACGGAAAGCGGCCCGUACCUUGGGCAUCAUUAUGUCCGCAUUUUUGGCGUGUUGGCUACCUUUUUUUACAUGGUACAUGAUGAGCUCGCUGCUGGAAGCCGGUUCGUGGAUGCCUCGGUGGGUAACAGUGCUCGUGUUCUGGGUGGGCUACUUCAACUCGGCCCUAAACCCGCUCAUCUACGCGUACUUCAACCGGGAGUUCCGGGUGGCGUUCCAGAAGACGCUGCAGAGCUGCUGGCCCAGGUCUCCGCCGUGGUGUCCGCCGUGCCUGCGCCGCCGGUACGAGCAAUCGCGCAACGACACAGCCACGCCGACCGCGGCUUUCGGCCAGCAGAACAUGUACAACUACAGCAACGCUUCCGAGGUGCAUUACAUGAACCCGGCAACCAUAGGUCUGCUCCAAAACAACGGCGGCAGUGGUGGCAGUGGCGGCAACGGAUGUCGUACCGAACAAAACGUUCUGUAGAAAGAAAAACAUAUAUAUAUAUAUAUAAUAUUAUAGACGUAUAGCUAAUUUUUCUCCCCGAAGAUCUACGCCACGACGAUCUACACCAGCAGAGCACACAAACUGUGCAAAGUGGUUAUGGGGCUGUCGACUUAUAAAAUCAGAGGGGUGACGCAGACCCAGUUGGUUAGAAUUGUUCAAACAAACUAUAAAAAAUUUAGUGAGAAAAUCGUUGUUUUCGGUAAGCACAGGUGCAGGUGAUUUUACCUGUAUCAUUUAAAAACAUGCUAAAUACUCCCGAGUCCUGACAAACACUGAAACUCCUGACAGUCCUAAACACUGCUGUCGCAGUGCUAUGUGUGUGAGCCACUGACGACUAUUAUUAUUUGUUUACGUAUUUUUAUGUCUACCUGCAUAAUAUUAUACACUACAUAUUGUCACCUAAAAGUCUCUAAGAGAAAAUAAUAAUUUUAAUAGUGCCAAUUAAACCGUGGAUUACGUGGUGACCGUACCGACUUAUACUUUUAUUGAUGACUCAGCAAAAUAUCAUCGUUUUAUCCUGUAUUAUUAUUAUUAUUAUAUAAUAUAUCCGUCGACGAUAUUUCAUUGUUGGACUGUGCGGGGUGACACAUGCAGUGUAUUUGUGACCUUAGCCCUAAAUAAUUAAACAAAUCUCUAACUGUUGUCGGAUCUCGUCGUCGCCAAUCCAAAUCGUUGUCGCAUUCAUAAAAAUAUAAUAACAUUAUAGUGCAGGAUAUACACACAUUAUUAUUACAACUAUUAAUCCCAUUUUCCUCCGCACAACCCUAUCGAUGUUCAGACUCGUUUGCGUAUUACAGUCAUAACUUACAAGUACAGUACAUAAUGUAUUAAUGUGACCAUAGAAUCCAAUAAAAACAACAUUUUAUGAUAAAAAUACAAUUUUUAGAAAAAAAUUAUUGUGUAUAAUAUUAAUAUAAUCUUGUUAUUAAUGUAAAACCAAAGGUUGUGAUACCAGUAAAAAUGAAAAUUCAGAAAAAUAAAUAAAGGAAAAAAACUAUUUUUAUUAUGUUAAGUUACUUCUUACUGUCGUAAAUAAUUAAUAAAGAAAAAGAUCUACAUUUACUAAUUUGGCACUUGGUGACCUAUUUUUCAAAUACAAAAAGUUUAGUAUAAAACAAUUAAAUAUUUAAUCAGAGAUACACUUGUUUCAACUUUCCUCUUUUAUAACGUAAAGUGGUUAAACAACACAAUAGUAUAUAGUUAAUCUAUAUACCUGCCUACAGACAUUUAAGUUUAUAAAAAUAAAAAAACAUUUUUUACAAGGUCUGGUUUUAAGUAAAACCUUAAAUAAAACGUCUUUUAAAUAAAUUACGAUUAUGAUAAAAAUAUAUGUAUAUUAUGUCUGUUUAUAUUUAUGCCAAACUAUAUGCCUACAUUUAGUCAGUGUUAUUUACAUAAACAAACCAUCGACGUUUUUAUAAAUAGACACUAAACUUUUCACCCACAAAUUAUUUAAUAAGAUAGAUACAUACAACGGAUAUUUAAAACUACUGAAGAUAAUGUUUAUAACAAUUAUUAAAACUAUAUAUUUAUUGUAAUAUAUAUCUAUUAAAGGACUCACUAAAACGUGUAGAAUGAUAGAAAAAAUAUAUAGUUAAUUAAUCAAUCAAUAUAAACAAAUAAAAUAUCUAUUAAUUAUAAUAUUACCAACACAAAUCAUUUUACUUAAAUGAAAUAUUUUUUUUUCUUUUUUAGAUUUUAUUUUACAAAUUUCACAAGUUAAAUUCAACUUAUUUAUUUUUAAACAUAUUGUAAAAAGUAAUUUCAAACCCCAACUUCGUGCGGUUUAUGCAAAUUUUAAUGACGAAUAAUGAAUAGGUAUUAUCUUUUGUUAAUCUAUGAAAUAUAAGCAGGUAUUUUGCACAUAAUUAUUUUACCAUUUUGCAUUAACUGGGGUUGAAUCCAGUUUAAAUCAUUUUUGACAAGCCAAACAAUUAUAGUUUUUUAAUAAUUCUUAGGAGAAUGCAAUGAAACGUUUUAUUAUCCUGUAUCUAUUGUCUGUCCAUCUCAUAUUAUCUAUGUAAAUAUAAUUAACAAAAUUAUAAAUUAAUGUCUUUCGAAUUUUUUUAAUUGUGAAUCCAUAAGAUAAAAUAAUUAAUCUACAAGUUUAUACUAUUAUUAUGAAUAUUAAUAUAAGUGCGUGUGUAUAAUAUGAACUAUUAUAUGUGAUGUUUACCUAUUCGUUAAAAAAAUGUUUAAAUUUAAAGUUCUUAUUGACAUAAUUUUACUAUGCUUCGAAAUUCGAAUACAUGUUUAUAUUAAUAUAUUAUUAAAAAUACAUAUAAAAUAAUUGUAACUAUAACAUUUGUGGAAAGACCAUUUUUUUUUAUUUUUAAAUAAUAAAAGAAAAAUAUUUACUUUUUUCCAAUCUAGAGUAGUAAAUGUUUUAAAUUUAACAUGUGAAUAUUAUAUACCUAACUCAUAAUAUUGAUAAAUACCUUAUAUAAUAAAUUAGUCUAUUAUACUGCGUAUAGAAAUUUGUUCACGGGUUUUAUUUUAUUUAGGUAAACGAUAAUAUGUCAUAAAUUCAAAAUAUUAUAUAGAUAAUAUUCUUAGAUAUUAUUCUUGAUAUUGUAUUCGUGUAGAAUAUGACUAGUGCAAUUUUAAAAUAGAAAGAUUUCUAUUGAAACAUACAACUUUUAAUUCUUAAUGAGAAGGGUAAAAAAUAGUAGUUAUCAAAAGUAAAAUAGUACUUAACAGUGGAGGUAUAAUGAUUUUAUAUACCCGUGCCUCAUAUAGAGUGUAUCAUUUUAGGUUUAUAGAAGAAUUGAGAAAUAUGGAUAUUUUAUAAAUUACCUAAUCAAAUAAUAAUGUGAAUAUAAGGUUUUUCUUGAAAUAUACCUAAGAUUAGUCAUAAAGAAAUCGUCUGAAAGUUUCGCACAAUAUUAUAUUAAUGUAAAAGGUACUUUGUACAAUAUUAUACAGAUGUGUCUAUCAUCAUAUUAAAUUAUUGUAUGCUUGAAAUUCGGUAGUAAUUACAUGCACUUAAUAAUAUUAUAUCUUUAAUUUGGUACCUAUCUUAUUGGCCAUCAUAUCUUCAUAUUGGUUUUAGUAGUGUGUGUUGUGUGUGUUUAUAAUGAUUAAUGAAUCUCUGUUAUUUGGAGGCUGAAUUUAUGUUGGGUAAGGAUGUUAGUUAAUAAGUAUUUACUGUUUAGGGAAAAGCGUUUUGGUUUACCAUGCGCUCGUCCCGUAUUACAUAAUCGUUUGUCGGUAUGUGUUUCUGUGUAAUGUAGGUAGAUACUGUAUAACUGUAUAGCUUAAAUCGUUGGCGUGUGUGGGGGGGGUCCUAUUUAAGGGAAUCCGGAAAACGGAGAGUAAAUGUUGUUUGUACAGAUUUUGUUUCGUUAACUUAAAUUCUCCAAGACAGAGUUACACCAAUAAGAGGGUGCAAGUGGGUUAAUGUGUUCCUGUACCUACCUACAGAUUAGAUGAAGUAUUUAAUGGAUUUUCAUCAUGAAGCACUAUAUAUAAUAUAUAUAUUGCUCUUUCAUCUGCCGAAUCUGCUUAAAUAAUCUUAUCAUUAAUGAGUUGAUCUGCACAUCUGCUAUAGGUACCAUAGUACAUAACAUAUGUGUGCAUUGAUUGAGUAUAAUGUGAAGAUGAGAUUUCACCUGGUUACAACGACAACAUUUGAAUAUAUUAUGUAUACAACUGUAGUAUCCAGAAAAUUGAGCAUGUAAAUGUUUUGUCAAUAAUUAGGUACGCCGUGGACGAAACGAACACUGAUCGAAACGUAGAUUUACGUUUAGGUCAUCUGCGGAUAACCUAACAUAAAAUUAUCAAAAUAUAUUAUAACACAUCGAAUGGCAAAAUUAAUAUAUUAUGACAAAGUCAAAGGCAAAGUACAAAAUAUUUCUAACAUACAAUAAUAAUAUUAUUAUAUUAUAAUAACAUUCCGUCUUUAUUAUAAGUAUAUAAUUUAUAUAUAAUCAAAAACAUAAGGUUUAACAAAUUUACAAAUUUACAAUGUAUCAUGUAGUAUCUACUUAACAAUAAAUCUGGUGUGCAGCUUGAUUGAUGUAACAUUAUUUUAUCAUAUUAUACCUAGUACCUACACUAUAAAAUAUUGUAUACUGCUAAUAUGAUUAGAAUAUGUCCAUAUAGUAUAUGUAUUUUUUUUUUAAAUUAUAAAAUAGCUCUUCUAACAAACCACCUCGUGUUAUCUAGUUGACAGUUGUACGAUUGAAACGUGUUUUUAGUUUUUAAGUAAAUAUUGUAUAAUACGCGACCGUCCUGUAGAAAUAUGUAAUUACUUAUUAAUAUUAUAAAAUAUCUUAUACAAUACACAUAUUAUAACAUCCUAUUAAAUUUAAAUGUAAUUUGUAUUUUGUGUAUAAUUUUCCAUAUAAAUACGUAUAUUACCUACUUAUCUAAUUACUCACGUUAAGCUUUCACUUGAUUUAGUAUUUUUUCUUUUCUUUUUUUUUUUUGUAUAUACCUACCUGUUAAAAAUUACCAAAUAAUAAUUAGUAAUUCGUAAAUGUUAAAUUAUUAUAUGUGUUAAAAAAUUAAUUGGACCAAAGCAAUAUGUAACAAAUUAAGUAAUGUAAUGAAAGUUUUAACUUUUUACAUUAUUAAUUUUCAAGAAUAAAUAAACGAAAAAAUCUAAAAAUAUGUACAAAUUAAUAAUUAUCGUAAAAAUAUAAUAUUUAAAAAUGUAAGGGUAAUAUUUACAUGUAAAUUAUAUUAUAAUCACAUUCAAUACUUCGACAACUCAUUACACACAAACUGUAAUAUGACUUCCCCACCUUGUUUAUACAUUAUUUUAUUAUUAUAACAGUAAAAUAAAAUGUGUAUCAUCAUGCAUUGAUUGUAUGUAAUAUACGUUACGAUUUACGGCUAUAAAUAUAUUUAUUUUAUACAUGUA